AUGGAGAAGCAGAAAAGUGAGAAGGAAGGGUGUGAGAAUGUGAGGCUGUUACAAAAAAGUGUGAAGAAGCUUCACUUUGGAAGCUGGGAAGAGAAAGACGUGGCAGCAAAGGAGAUAGAAAGGUUGGCUAAAGAAUAUGAGAAGGUGAGGGAAUUGGCGACUGAGCUUGGGGUGGUCAGGGUGUUGGUUUCCAUGGCGCUUUCCGACGUCGCUAGCCGCCGCCGAGUAGCACUCAAGGCAUUGAUCCACCUAUCCAAUGGAAAUCACAAGAACAAGGCUUUGAUAGUGGAAGCAGGACUGUUGUGCAAACUGCCUAAGAAAAUUGACCUUGAAGAUGAAUCAAUAAGAGAGUUUGCAGAUUUGCUCUCUUCGUUAUCAUCUCUUGGAAACAUCCAAUUUCCUCAUUCUUCAUUAGACUUUCUCCAAUUUCUUAUAGACAUUCUAAAGUCGUGCCCAAGCUUUGAUACAAAAGAGUCGUGUUUGGUAGCCAUGUGCAACAUCUCAACCGUGCUAGAGAAUGCAGGGCCUUUGAUUUCUAAUGGGGUUGUACCUAUUCUCUUGGAACUGUGCUCAGAGAAAGGAACUUCAGAGAAAGCACUUACCAUCCUUGGGAACUUGGGGGUGACUUCAAUGGGAAAGAAAACAUUGGAGAACAGCUCAAUUGUGCCAAAAUGCUUGAUUGAGAUCUUAUCUUGGGAAGAUGAACCCAAAUGCCAAGAGUUGUCAACUAAUAUUCUGAUUAUUCUGGCUCAUAAAAAUUCAACACAGAGAAGUAAAAUGGUACAGUCAGGGAUUGUUCCUGUACUUCUUCAAGUAGCUUUAUUAGGGAGUUCUUCGGCCCAGAAAAGAGCACGGAAAUUAUUGCGAUGGUUCAGGGAUGAAAGCCAAAUAGAAAUGGGGCCACAUUUAGGCCCACAGUCUUCAAGAAUUGCAUAUGUAACACUUAAAAAUCAAAGAGACACAGAAGAAGGGAGGAGAACGAUGAAGAGUUUAGUGAGAGAAAGUCUGCAUAGGAAUAUGGAAAUAAUAACUAAAAGAGUUAAUGCAGGUGAGGAUUCUUCUAAUGGGCUUAAGUCCCUGGUUACCAGCACAAGCUCCAAAAGUUUGCCAAACUGA